AUGGCUAAGAAAGGUGGCAAGAAGGGAAAGAAGGGUGGCGCUAAGGCCACUACUGCUGCUGUCAUCGACAAGGCCGCCGAAAAUGUCAAGGAUGUUGUAAACCCCACCGAAGAGACCACCAAGGAUGAGCCCAAGACCGAGUCCGUCGACCAGACACAAGCGCCUGUCGAGUCGCAGGAAAGUGCUGCGCCGGAAAGUGCUGCGCCUGUGACUGAGUCCGAGGCUGAGACCGAGACCGAGAAGAAGGUCGAGGAGGCCAAGGAGACUGUGAAGGAGCCCGAGACCGCUGCGCCCGAUACCGCUGCGCCAGUGACAGCUGCGCCCGAGACACUUGUGCCCGAGACACUUGCGCCAGUGACAGUUGCGCCGGUGACAGAGACCAAGGACGAGAGUGCAGUUCAAGCUGCCGUGGACAAGGUACAGGCCUCCAAGGCCGGCCAUGUCAGCGCCCUGGAUGACGGAGAGGACCAGGCCAACAACGUUCUUCCAGAGAGCAGCGUCAAGGAAACCAGCCUCGGCGCAGAUACCUACCCCUCUACCACCGAGACCGCCGCUGAAGAGUCCAACACUUCCACCGCCGCGAUCGCGCCCUCCUCCAUCGCUGAGCGUCCCAAGACCGCCGAGUCGGCCAAGGCCCCUGCCCCCGUCACAGCCGCCGAGCCCGUGACAGUCCCAUCCGAGACCACUGAUGUCGCACACGUCAAGCGCCCGUACGAGAAGCCCAUCUUCUCAAACGACGAGGUGAAGCCGCCCAAGAUGCCCCGCACGGAAGAGGAGCAGGCAGCUGCCGCCGAUAAAAGCGCUUUGGGCGCUGGCCCUGCUGCAACCGCUGCGACCGCUCCAGAGCCCGUGCCAGUCUCCUCGGCUCCCAAGAAGGCCGAGACCGAGACCAGCAAGGCGAACCCCGACGCGGUCGCGGCCGCCAACGCUGCCAUCAACUCCAAGGCCGAUAAGAGCACUGCUGAGUCCGAGGUUAAGAAGCCCGAGGCUGCCAUGAAGCGUGGCCAAGAGCACGGGGCCCCUACUGAGACCGCACAGGAAGCUGGUGAGACCAAGGCCGACGAAGCUAGAAUUUCCGAGCAGACAGAGCACGCUGCCGAGAGGAAGAAGGGCGGAUUCUGGGCGCGGUUGAAGCGGAUGUUCAAGUGA